AUGGUCAAUUUGCUGUGCUUUUUUUUUUUCGAUGAGUUCUGUUUUUUAAAGCUAUGGUUAAAGAGGAAGAACCAUCUAAGGAAGGAGAAGAAGAGAAAGAGUUGGUUCGUGGCAGUUGGGACGGUUGUGGGGACUGUGGUGGCAUUUAUGUUGGUGCCUAUGAGAUCACUUGGUCCGGAUAACUGGAAAAUAGCAUCUGCUCUUAUGGGCAGCUACAUUGGUGGAUCGCUACUCAAGAUCCAAAGAGGCAUGCUUCCUGCAGUUACAGCUAUCACCAUUGUUUUGGCACCUUCUUUCCCUGAUUUCUUCAACUCUCUGGCACCUUCUGCUGAAACCAUCUCUCUCGUUCUCAUGCUGGAUAUGAAAUAUGUGAGAUGUUCAAUUUUGUGUAAACAAGAGAAAGAAAAGAACUAA